UCAUCACAGUCGGAACCACUUUAAUUGCAAGACACUAUGCAGAGAGAACAGGACGACUCAGACAGAUGCAAAGGGACAGCAGACCGCUGAUAUGAUUUCACAUAUGGACAGAAUCAGUAUCGCUUUUAUCAGGAAAACAUGAAGCUGUUCAUUCUGGUGGCUCUCUUUGGGCUCAGCCUGGCCCAGCACAACCCUCACACCAAGCAUGGCAGGACAGCCAUUGUGCACCUGUUUGAGUGGCGCUGGGCCGACAUCGCUGCAGAGUGUGAGCGCUUCUUGGCUCCCAAUGGCUUCGGUGGAGUCCAGAUCUCUCCUCCCCACGAGAACAUUGUGGUGACCAACCCCUGGAGACCCUGGUGGGAAAGAUACCAGCCGACCAGCUACAACCUGUGCUCCAGAUCUGGCAACGAGAACGAGCUGAGAGACAUGAUCACCAGAUGCAACAACGUCGGGGUCAACAUCUACGUGGAUGCUGUCAUCAACCAUAUGUGUGGAGCCGGCGGUGGAGAGGGCAGCCACUCUGUGUGUGGAAGCUGGUUCAGUGCCAACAGGAAGGACUUCCCCAGCAUCCCCUUCACCCACUGGGACUUCAACGACCACAAGUGCAGGACCGGCAGUGGAAAUAUUGAGAAUUACGGUGAUGCCAACCAGGUGCGUGACUGCCGUCUGGUGGGUCUUUUGGACCUCGCCCUGGAGAAGGAUCAUGUCAGAGGCAAGGUGGCUGACUACAUGAACAAGCUGAUUGACAUGGGUGUGGCUGGAUUCAGAGUGGAUGCCUGCAAGCACAUGUGGCCCGGUGACCUGUCAGCUGUGUAUGGUCGUCUGCACAACCUCAAUACCAAAUGGUUCGCUGGCGGCUCAAGACCCUUCAUCUAUCAAGAGGUUAUUGAUCUUGGUGGCGAGCCUAUCACAUCCAGAGAGUAUUUCCAUCUGGGAAGGGUGACCGAGUUCAAGUAUGGCGCCAAACUGGGCACAGUGUUCCGCAAAUGGAACGGCGAGAAGCUGUCUUUCACCAAGAACUGGGGUGAGGGAUGGGGCUUCAUGCCCAAUGGCAAUGCUCUGGUCUUUGUUGACAACCAUGACAACCAGAGAGGCCACGGUGCUGGUGGAGCUUCCAUCGUUACCUUCUGGGACUCCAGGCUCUACAAGAUGGCUGUUGGCUACAUGCUGGCCCACCCUUACGGAGUGGCCAGAGUGAUGUCCAGCUUCCGUUGGAACCGCAACAUCGUGAACGGAAAGGAUCAAAAUGACUGGAUGGGCCCUCCCAGCCAUGGUAACGGAGCCACCAAGCCUGUUCCCAUCAACCCCGACCAGACCUGUGGUGAUGGCUGGGUGUGUGAGCACAGAUGGCGUCAGAUCAAGAACAUGGUCAUUUUCCGUAAUGUGGUCAAUGGACAGCCCCAUAGCAACUGGUGGGACAACAGGAGCAACCAGGUUGCCUUUGGACGUGGUAACCGUGGAUUCAUCGUCUUCAACAACGAUGACUGGGACCUGGAUGUGACUCUGAACACUGGCAUGCCCGGUGGCACCUACUGUGAUGUCAUUUCUGGCCAGAAGGACGGAGGCAGGUGCACCGGGAAGCAGAUCACUGUUGGGGGUGAUGGCCGCGCCCACUUCAAGAUCAGCAAUAGAGAUGAGGACCCCUUUGUGGCUAUUCAUGCUGACUCCAAGCUGUAAACAAGCAUCCAAACUUACAAUA